AUGACGAAGGAUCACGUGUUAACUCCUCGGAAAAUUUAUGAAGGACUGAAUGAAUACGUCAUUGGACAGGGCAAGGUGAAGAAGACGCUUGCUGUGGGUGUUUAUAACCAUUACAAGCGUUUGCAUGCACUGGAGCUACUACAAGCGAGAAAAGAAGCGGAAGCGACUAGUGCCAAACACAACAUUGGGGAUCAGCAACACCAACGUGCUGGAGGUGUCACUCGUCAACAAUUGGACGUUGAUGACUCGAGACUGUCGAGUGUUGGUCGCCGACUGCUGCUAGAAGAGAUUUACCCUGGACCACAGAAAGAGAAUGCUGAAGUGCUACCAGGAUCGAAGCAACAGACAACAGAAGUGUCGGAAUCGAGUACAGCUGCACAUCCUCAUGCGACGAGGUUGCAGCAUCACGCUUUGGGGGAUAAAUUGCAAUAUCUAGAGGGCGUGGAGCUAGACAAGACUAAUAUCAUGCUUGUUGGGCCAACUGGUUCAGGAAAGACGUUGUUGGCUAAGACACUGGCACGAUUAGCCAAAGUUCCGAUUGUAAUUGCAGACGCGACAUGCCUUACACAAGCAGGAUAUGUGGGCGAAGACGUUGAGUCAGUUUUAUUUAAAUUGUAUCAGGCGGCCAACUACAACCUGGAAGCCACGCAGCGUGGCAUUGUGUACAUUGACGAGAUUGACAAGAUCACGCGUAAAAGUGAAAACGUGAGUAUCACGCGUGACGUGUCGGGUGAGGGCGUUCAGCAAGCGCUGCUGAAGAUUCUUGAAGGAAGCACGGUGAAUGUACCUGAAAAGGGCGGUCGCAAGAACCCGCGCGGUGAGUACGUCACCAUCGACACGACCAACAUUCUGUUUAUUUGUGGUGGCGCAUUUGCCGGUCUCGAGAAGCAGGUCACGCGCCGCACGUCGCGGUCAUCUAUCGGUUUUGGUGCCCAGAUGCCCAAUAUGCGCCUAAAAGACAGCGAACAGAUCGGUCAGCUACUUUCUCAGGCGGAGCCAGAAGACCUCGUAUCGUAUGGACUUAUACCAGAGUUUAUCGGUCGUUUUCCGAUGCUCGUAAGCACGACGGGACUAACCAAAACUGAGCUGGUGCAGGUUCUUACAGAACCGAAGAAUAGUCUCGUCCGGCAAUAUAAGGCGUUGUUUGCGUUAAGUGGCGUGGAGUUCCACGCGACAGAAGGUGCGCUGGAAGCGGUGGCAGAAUCUGCUCUACGCAAGAACACAGGUGCACGAGGCCUUCGCUCCAUCUUUGAACGUGUACUCAUGGAAACCAUGUUUGAUUUGCCCGAUAUGAACGAUGUGCGUGCGGCGUACGUGGAUGAAGCGGCUAUUCUUGGACACAAGCGACCUGUUCUUAUUCGAGGUGACAUAACGCUCGAUGAGUACCUCAAAAAUCUUGAGGAUGACAGCGAUAAACGGGAAGAGGCUGUCUAA